AUGCAGCGCGCUCUUUCUUCCCGCGCGAGAGCUUCCGUCCUCUCUGCUGCUCCCAGCAAGUUCCGUGCCGGUGCCGGCCUGGGACAGCAGCUUCGCUUUGCCCACAAGGAGCUGAAGUUCGGUGUUGAGGGCCGUGCUGCCCUGCUCGCUGGUGCCGAUACUCUGGCCAAGGCCGUCGCGACAACACUUGGCCCCAAGGGUCGCAACGUCCUCAUUGAGUCAAGCUAUGGCUCCCCCAAGAUCACAAAGGACGGUGUAACUGUCGCGAAGGCAAUUACCCUUAAGGACAAGUUCGAGAACCUCGGCGCCCGCCUCAUCCAGGACGUCGCCUCCAAGACCAACGAGACCGCCGGUGACGGAACCACCACCGCCACCGUCCUCGCCCGUUCCAUCUUCUCCGAGACCGUCAAGAACGUCGCCGCUGGCUGCAACCCCAUGGACCUGCGCCGUGGUAUCCAGGCUGCUGUCGACGAGGUCGUCGCUUUCCUCCAGAAGAACAAGAGAGAUAUUUCCACCAGCGAGGAGGUUGCCCAAGUCGCCACCAUCUCCGCCAACGGUGACCAGGAGGUCGGCAACCUGAUUGCCAAGGCCAUGGAGAAGGUCGGCAAGGAGGGUGUCAUCACCGUCAAGGAGGGCAAGACUCUGGUCGACGAGCUCGAGGUUACCGAGGGUAUGCGCUUCGACCGCGGCUUCGUCUCCCCCUACUUCAUCACCGACGCCAAGUCCCAGAAGGUCGAGUUCGAGAAGCCCCUGAUCCUCCUCUCCGAGAAGAAGAUCUCUGCUGUCCAGGACAUCAUUCCCGCUCUUGAGGCCUCCACCCAGCUGAGACGUCCUCUCGUCAUCAUUGCCGAGGACAUUGAGGGUGAGGCUCUCGCCGUCUGCAUUCUCAACAAGCUCCGUGGCCAGCUCCAGGUCGCUGCCGUCAAGGCCCCCGGCUUCGGUGACAACCGCAAGUCCAUCCUCGGUGACCUGGCUGUCCUCACAAACGGUACCGUCUUCAGCGAGGAGCUUGACAUCAAGCUCGAGAAGGCCACCCCCGACAUGCUCGGCUCCACCGGCUCCAUCACCAUCACCAAGGAGGACACCAUCUUCCUCAACGGUGAGGGUGCCAAGGACUCCAUCUCCCAGCGCUGCGAGCAGAUCCGUGGUGUCAUGAACGACCCCACUACCUCCGAGUACGAGAAGGAGAAGCUCCAGGAGCGUCUGGCCAAGCUCUCUGGUGGUGUCGCCGUCAUCAAGGUCGGUGGCUCCUCCGAGGUUGAGGUCGGUGAGAAGAAGGACCGCUUCGUCGAUGCCCUGAACGCCACCCGCGCCGCCGUUGAGGAGGGUAUCCUGCCCGGUGGUGGUACCGCCCUUAUCAAGGCCUCUGCCCUUGCUCUUAAGGACGUCAAGACCGCCAACUUCGACCAGCAGCUUGGUGUCACCAUCGUCAAGAACGCCAUCACCCGCCCUGCUCGUGCCAUCGUCGAGAACGCUGGCCUUGAGGGCUCCGUCAUUGUCGGCAAGCUCACCGAUGAGUUCGCCAGCGAGUUCAACAAGGGUUUCGACUCCUCCAAGGGCGAGUACGUCGACAUGAUUGCCGCCGGUAUUCUUGACCCCUUCAAGGUCGUCCGCACCGGUCUGGUUGACGCCAGCGGUGUUGCUUCCCUGCUCGGUACCACUGAGGUCGCCAUCGUUGAGGCUCCCGAAGAGAAGGGACCUCCUCCUAUGGGCGGUAUGGGUGGUAUGGGCGGAAUGGGAGGCAUGGGUGGUAUGAUGUAA